GGAGUAACGAAAUACUUGUCAAAGUGAGGUUGUAAACAUUUCAUUUUGAAUGUCAGAGAAUAAAGCAAACGGUCAAUUAAUAAAUGACGUUUCAUAAAUACUAAUGAUAUCAUUUAUAAACCAAUAUUAAAAGUUGCUGUAAUAUUGUUAUUGGAAAUAACAACUGUUAACAUUAUUCUUCAAUGUGAUGGAAGCAGUGAUUUUAACGUUCAUAUUAAUAUUGGGAAUAGUCUUCACCUUUUCUUUUGUGAUACUCAUAUUUCUAUGCCAUUAUAAAACCAUUCGGAAAAAUGCAACUAGAUAUGUUAAAAAAUUGGCAAGAACAGAUUUGAGGCACAAAGAUACUGAACUUAUUGAAAAGAAAACAGGAUUGGUAAAAAGAUUUUUGCGUAACUCAUGCAACAGCAAUGGUGCCUUAUCAGAAAGAUGUCAGCAAUUGUUAGAUCUAUGUUAUGGCUUGGAUCUAACAUCUAAUCGGUUAACUCAACCGGACAUACAAAAAAUACAUGCAAUUGUUCAGAUGGCCCAGAGUAUCACCGAGGAUUCAGAUGAUUGGACCUGUCCAGAAGGAAGAGAGAAAGCAGGACUUCUUGAGAAAAGAGCUGCUGGUCUUUUGCAGCAAGUUGCUUCAGUCAUGUCUGCAAUGGAGGCACAUUUAUCAGCUAUCAAAGAAUCAUCUGUUAUUGAAGAAAUCAAGAGUUGCUCUUAUCAAAAUUCUCUAAUUAUUUAAUAUCGGAAUUAGUGAAUAACUACCUAAUGUUUUAGAAAACCAAAUUGAAUAUACUGAAUUUCAAUACUGAUAGUACCAUAAAUCUUUUGUUGAUAAUAAGUUUCUGUUUAUCAUAUUUAUGAGUCUAUGAAUUGUAAUAAAUGGAUGAAUAUUUGCUUCAUUUAUGUAUUGAACAUGACAUGUAAUUUUGUAUGGAUAAUAAAUUUUAAAAAAUGUCAGC